GAAGGAUCAGUUUAUUUCAACAAGGUCAAACUGCACCAUUUAACGGCUCCUUCUCCAUUUCCACCUUUCACCAACUUACCUGCAAAGAUUUGUUGUCUCUAUUAGUGGAUAUUUUAAGUGACUUCUUUGUGGAAUGCAGAAAACUUGAACUUGUUGUGGAUAAGUCACUAUGAAGUAAACAUAGUGCAGAUGCUUCCAACCAUGUGAACACCUGAGGAUGUCAUAAAAAACUUGUAAACAACAACAGCUGUUUAGAUUUUUAGCACAGGAGCAAUGACCCCAACUCCUUCUACAGGCUGUUUACAUACCUUUAGGUAUUUCUAGAGAGAGUUUUAAAGAGGAUCAAUGAUGUUGUGGCGGUGGCUGCUGGCCCUGAUGGCCCGGAUUGGUCUCAUCACAUUGACACUCUGCUGCUCUCUGCUGCUCGUCUACCUGCUGGCUUGUAAACCUUCUUCCAAACGCAAGCACACUUCUCUGCUUUGGUCUGGAGGAGCCACUAGUAAGGAAGGAUACAUGGCCUUACUGCAGGAGAGAGAGGACUCUCAUAGACACUACAUUAGUAGUCUGACAAAGCAGAUAGGAGAGCUGAAGGAGGCUCUGGAGGAGAGAACUCAACAGCUUCAGGAGUCCCUAGAGAAGGCUAAAAGUAAAGGGAUUUUACCUCAAGGUCUGGAGAGUCUGCACAAGAUCCCUACAAAGUCUGAUCUCAAGGAGUUCUUCCAAUCCCAGCUGAACCAGGCAGAGGUGAAACCAGGUGUGGAACUGCCCAACGAAUAUGCACUGAUCCCUUAUGACACCUUUACCCUGCAGAUGGUCUACCAGCUGGAAACGGGGCUGACCAAGCACCCAGCUGAGAGGCCAGUAAGGAGAGACCGCAGAAACGAGCUGAUAGGUACAGUGGAAACGGCACUGCACGUCCUGAAUGGACCCCAGCAACGAGCUGACAACAUCAGGAGCAAACGCACCUACUCCCCUUCAGACUUCAUACAGGGAUUGACUCGCACAGAGAGGACCACAGGGACUGUAUAUGAGCUGAUGUUCAAAGGCAGUAGCACGCAGGACUUCACCCAGCUCGUUCUCUUUAGGCCAUUUGGGCCUUUGAUGAAGGUGAAGAGUGACAACCUGAACACACGAAGCAUCCUCAUCAACAUAAUAGUUCCUCUGUCGGGGAGGGUGGAUGCCUUCAGGCAGUUCAUCACCAACUUCAGAGAGGUUUGCAUCCAAGAGGACGGCAGGGUUCACCUCACUGUUGUCUACUUUGGUCGGGACCAGAUAGACCAGGUGAAGGCUGUGUUGGAUCAGACAACCAGGGAGACUCGUUUCAGAAGUUUCACCUUGAUCCAACUGAACGAGGAGUUUUCUCGUGGCCGAGGCCUCGAUGUCGCCGCCCGGGCCUGGAGACAACGCCAGAACGUUCUGCUCUUCUUCUGCGAUGUCGACAUCCACUUCACAGCAGAUUUCUUAACUUCCUGUCGUCUGAAUGCUGAAGCUGGUAAAAAGGUGUACUACCCUGUGCUCUUCAGCCAGUACAACCCAUCUGUCAUCUACAGCAAUCUCACCCUCCUACCUUCUAUAAAACAACAGCUGGUGAUAAAAAAAGAAAAUGGAUUCUGGCGGGACUUUGGAUUUGGCAUGACCUGCCAGUACAGAUCAGACUUCAUCAACAUUGGUGGCUUUGACCGCAGCAUCAGAGGCUGGGGGCUGGAGGACGUCCACCUGUACAGGAAGUACCUCCAUAGCAAGCUGAUGGUAGUUCGAGCUCCAUCCCGAGGCCUCUUUCACUUGUGGCAUGACAAGAGCUGUGCAGAUGAGCUUCCUCCAGACAAGUACAAGAUGUGCAUGCAGACCAAAGCCAUGAACGAGGCCUCGCACGGCCAGCUGGGCGAGGUUUUCUUCAAACAGGACAUAGAGCUCCACCUGAACUCCCAGAAACAGCUCAGAGAGAUCUAAUGAGAAUUUUCUAACAAAAAUGAGCUAUGGUCACAUUUGUUUCAGUAAAAAGUAUUUUUUUAUUUAUGUUAAAUGUUAGAGCUCAUGAAUCAUCUUUAUGUUCUAAUAAAAGUAAAAAUUAUUGUUUUUAUUGCUUGUUGGAAUGGAAUGAGUAUUUUUUAAGUGUAACACCAAGAUUUCUACAAAAAAAUGUUAUAGGCUGAAGAGCAGAAACUGUCUAA